CCACCUAGGGGUAAGGGCUCGGUGAACAACUGCUGGGAGCUGUUGACAAAAGGUUCGGUGACCCUCUGCGUAGGCCUUGUGGAGGUCUCUGCCUCUCUCAGCUGCCUCACCCAGACUCCAGAAAGGGUGCUCAGGACCACACCCCACCAAAGGACGGGUGCUCUGCGCAGAACAAAGCCUCAUGGAAAGCGCCUCUCCGGGUGGAUCCAGGCAGGACAGCAGGCAGGCCUUGUCUCCCUGUGUGGGACCAGGCCCUAGGCUUCUUUGCCAGGAGGCAAAGCCCAAUCCUUUCUGAGGACUGGGAGUCAUCGGUCCAAGUCAGGAAUCUCUGUGAUUCAUUUUCCAAGGGUGGAAGAAACUUCUUCUAAAAGCAUCAAGGAAAGUCUCCUCCAAGAGGAAAUCGGGGAGAGCAACACCCACCCUCAAAGAAAGUUCCGGAGACGGGACUGAGGUUCCAAGUGGAACAAAAAUUUGGCUGAUGGUGUCCUUGAACUUGGCUCCUGGGUACAGGUGGAACACAGCUGACACUACCACUUAGCUACCUCUUCACGAGCAGCCCCCUGUCUCAGACUCCUCAGGGCCUGGGGAGCUCACCCUACUGUCCAGCUCUGUCUCUUGUGGACUCCUGACCCACACUGGGAUGUGCUCCCUUCCUGUGCCCCGGGAGCCCCUGCGCCGAGUGGCUGUGACUGGGGGCACCCACGGAAAUGAGAUGUGUGGCGUCCACCUGGUCCGGCAGUGGCUGCAGGCCCCAGGGGAGCUGCAGAGACCCAGCUUCUCAGCCAUGCCAGUUCUGGCCAACCCAGCAGCCACAGCUGCCUGUCGCCGUUACAUGGACCGUGAUCUCAACCGCAUUUUCACCCUUACCUUCCUCAAUUCCACAGCCACUCCCGAUGACUCAUAUGAGGUGACAAGAGCCCGAGAGUUGAACGAGCUACUGGGUCCCAAGGGCACAGACCAGGCCUUCGACUUUAUCCUAGACCUGCACAACACCACAGCCAACACUGGAGUCUGCCUCGUCUCUGAAGCCUCCCACAACCCCUUCAACUUGCACCUGUACCACUACCUACAGCUGCAGAACCCGGGGCUGCCCUGCCGCCUCUUGCAAUACGAUCCACCAGGGAUGGAGACCUACAGCUUGGAAUCUGUGUCCAAGAAUGGAAUCUGUCUGGAGAUGGGCCCCCAGCCUCAGGGCGUGCUGCGGGCCGACCUGUUCUUACGGAUGAGAGCUCUGGUGGCGUCCAUUCUGGACUUCAUCGAGCUCUACAACCAAGGCAAGGCCUUUCCCGCCUUUGAGAUAGACAUCUACAGGAGCUUGGGCAAGGUGGACUUCCCCCGCACCGCGGACGGUGACCUGGCUGGCACUGUGCACCCUCAGCUGCAGGACCACGACUUUGAGCCACUGAGGCCUGGUGAACCCAUCUUCAAGCUGUUCAGUGGUGAGGACGUACUGUAUGAGGGGAACUCCACUGUGUACCCUGUGUUCAUUAAUGAGGCCGCCUACUACGAGAAGCACGUGGCUUUCCUGAAAUAUGAGAGGAUCCGGGUCUCUGUGCCUGCCCUGCCAGAACUGACCUCCAGCUCCACCCUGGCCCCCUAACCCAAGUCAUACCUGCCUGGUCUCAGUCUCCCUUUCUGAACAGUCAGUCCUGAGGCAUAGUUCCGAGCCCAGGGUCCACUGUCCUACCCUGGGCACCACGUCCCUUGCCAGGCAACCAAUCUCAUGAUAUAAAUGCAGUGUGCCUGGAGACCACGGUUCCUG